AUGGAAAGUGCUAAUUCUCAAAAUGAAUCAUCUUGUCAGUCAAAUAUUGCUGAACUUGCGGGACAAAGUAUUCCCAACGAACAGGGGCAAAGUAUCCCCAUCGAACAGGGGCAAAGUAUCCCCACUAUAUCGGGCCAAAGUAUGCCUGAUGGUAUAUUGCAAGCUAUGCUUCACCAGCAAACAUUGCUUUUAAAGACAGUCCAGGCAUUGCAGCAAAAAACAAUAAAUGACAAGAAUGACUGUGUGAGUGAUGGUGAAAGUGGCAAUGAAUCCACACAAGUAAGGACUUCCUCAAAUGCUCCUGCGUCAUAUGAACUAGAUGACGUUUCUUCAGAAGAAGAGAAAUCUGACACAAGUGACUGUGAAGAUUUACGCUCAAUGAACAAACUUUACAAUGAAAGCGACAAUGUCACUGACGAAAUCCACGAAAAACUUGCCAGUAAUAUCAAUUUGUCUCUUAGAAAAAGACUUUCCAAGAAAGAUCAAAAAGAGGUACUUGAAAACUUUCACAGACCUGCAAAUGUUGUUAAUAUGAGAUUCCCUAAGGUUAACAUUGAACUAUGGGAAGAUGCCCAUCAAAAUUUGAGAAAUAAAGACAUGAAUUUAUCGAAAACCCAGGGCUUAAUUCUAACAGCGUGCUCAUCUGUUGUUGAAAUAGCACAGAAAUGCCUAACAAAACAGAAAAAAGAAAUAAAAACAAAAGAAUGCACAAAUGCAUUAGUCUGUCUAUCGGCAGCAUUCACAGAGAUAACUCAAAUAAGACGAGAGAACUUCAAGUCUGGAAUGCAUCAGGAGUUUAAAUCCCGACUGUGCAGCACAGAUAACGAACCGUCCACUAAGUGGAUAUUUGGGGACGAACUGGGCAAGAAAAUAAAAGAGAUAAAUGACACAAAGGCUGUGUCAUUAAAACUAACAAUAAGGUCAGAAAGAGGAAGUUUCAAUAAGCAUCGCAGUCACCCUUACUCAAACUCCAAAAAAGGGAAACAACCCAUGUACAAGAAGCCUUUUUUAGGCAAACGUCGUUUCCAGAAAUCAAAGUACAAGACGGAGGAAAACGGGUGGAAAUAAAUAAUCCAGAUACAUUAAUUUGUGAGGAACCAGAGGUUAGCAUUUUACAUAGUUUUAACAUUAAGAAUACACCUAAUAACUUUAUAGCUGGUAAAAUAAGCAAGUUUGUUUCAUCUUGGGAAAAUAUUUCGUCUGAUCCUUGGAUUAUCAAUACCGUAAAAGGAAUAGAAAUACCUUUUCUUGAAUUAGCGUGUCAAACCGUUAUUCCUAAUCCUAUAUCAUUUAAUUCCGAAGAAUGUUUGCUAAUUGAAACAGAAUUAAAUGUACUUUUGGGUAAACAGGUGAUUGAAAAGGUCUCUGAUACACAACUAAGCAAAGAUGUUGGUUUUAUUUCAAACUUGUUUAUAAGAUAUAAGAAAGCUGGAACUAUUCGAUUGAUUUUAAAUUUAAAACGAUUGAAUGACAUUAUUGACUCAAAGCAUUUUAAAAUGGAAACAUUGCAGUCAGCUAUAACAUUAAUGAAACCGGGAUCUUUCUUUGCUAGUUGUGAUUUAAAGGACGCAUAUUACAGUUUAAUGUGAAAAAACCAUAUAGAAAAUAUCUGAGAUUCUUUUUCAGUGGGGUUUGUUACCAGUAUACUUGCCUCCCAAAUGGUUUGAAUUUAGGACCUCGGUACUUUACGAAACUAUUAAAAUGUGUUUCCUCUCAACUUAGAUAAAGAUCAUUUUUAAAUGUAUUUUACAUUGACGAUACUCUGCUAAAUGGGGAUACAUAUGAAGAAUGUAAAGAUAAUGUUUAUCAGACAGUUUCCUUGUUUGAUAGUUUAGGAUUGACUAUUCACCCUAGCAAAAGUGGUUUCAUUCCUACACAAAUAAUUGAAUUUCUUGGAUUUGUGCUA